AUGUUCUCAAAUAAUUCAGAUUUUUUCGUGCUCAUCGCGUUCAUGCUAGUCAAAUCACUAGUAUUAUACCUAAAUACUCGAAGAAUGAAAAACCGUAUCACUACUAUCAAAAGACCACGGCGAAACCUGGGCGCUAAUACCGAAUUGUUACAAAGGAUCGAUGGUCUUGACCGCAACAUAAAUCUAAAAUUCUUCUCUACCAUGAGGAGAGCUACAAAAUGGCAUUUGGCUGAAAACGAAACAUUCUAUAUAGUCUAUGUGGGUGGGGUA